GUUCUUGCUCUUAGUUGUCUCUCCGCAGUCGCGACAUAUAAUCGUGGAACAGUAGCGAACGUGUUGCGGAAAGUUGCAAUGCAAAUCCAUAAACUCACAAUCAGUAAUAUUUAGUCGGAGAAACAAAUUUCACCAGUCUUGUAAAAUAUGGAAAAUUAUACUUCAGACUCUAGCGAUUCGGAUAAUACAAUCAAAACUUUAGACUUCUCCUAUCUUUCACUGGACUCAAAUGUCGUAGACGAACAUUUGAAUGCUGUUAAAAAUCCCGAUAAUGUUGAGACGAUAUUACUUCAUCAGAAUCGAUUGAUUUACACUCCAGCAAGCGUCACAAGAUUCACAAACUUGAAUGUACUAGAUGUGUCGAAUUGUGGCCUCGUUGAAUUACCCGAUUUAUUGGGCGACUGUCCGCUGACUAGUUUAAUCGCAAAAAAUAACAGCCUGUGCAAUGAAUCUCUACCAAAAUCAUUUGACUCCUUUCCAACUUUGAGGGAAUUAAAUUUGAGUGGUAACAGAUUGAACGAUUUUCCUGAACAAGUCUUGGAGUUAACUGGACUCCGAUAUUUGUAUCUAGGCGGCAACACAAUUACCAGAAUCACACAAGACAUAUGGAAAUUGCAAAGAUUGCAAAUUUUGUCAAUGGGCGGAAACAGACUAACUGAGGUCCCUUCGACGUUGGGUCAACUCAUAACUUUACAGGCUUUAAUCCUAUGCGACAAUAUGCUGGAGAGUUUGCCUAGAUCAAUCGCAAAUUUAAAGAAUCUCAAAUCGCUGCUGCUGCACAAAAACAGACUAAAAACUUUGCCAACUGAAAUAAUAACUUUAAGCUGCCUUACAGAGUUAUCGUUGCGGGACAAUCCUCUAGUAGUUCGUUUCGUUUCUGAUAUGACGCUUGAUCCACCAUCCCUGUUGGAAUUAGCAGCUCGUGUUAUUAAAAUUAACGAUAUUCAGUACGAUGAAACUGACCUGCCAAGAAACUUGAACGAGUAUUUAAACAGUGGGCAUUGCUGUGUCAAUCCAAAAUGCAAAGGUGUAUUCUUCAACAAUAGAAUUGAGCACAUUAAGUUCGUUGACUUUUGUGGAAAAUAUCGCGUACCGUUACUGCAGUACUUGUGCAGCAGCAAGUGCAUUGAUCUCAGAUCAAACGAAGAUAAAAUAGAUCGCAAUGGAAUAAUGAUGCAAAAGGUUCUCCUAGGAUAGCAGCCAUUAUAGUACCAAGAAAAUGAAACUCCAGCCGAAUAACAAGGCAGACUAUAGAUACGGAAUGAACUCCAUCAUUUCUCCUGAUUGGUGUACGUUUUUUCAGCGAGAGAAUUAAACAGCUUUUGCUGUGUAAUUCAGUUGGCACAGACAAAGAUAAGGAUGAUUGCAACAUCAGACAUGAGAUCCGAUGAUUAUUGUGAGUUGUUGGAAUACACCAAAAAAAUAUAUUGAAAUGUACGUACACUAAAGAAAUCCAGUCUCAUUGAAAACUAAGCAGAAUCUCUUUUAUUGUUAGAGUUUUGAUAGCCGGGUGUAAGUCAAUUUGGGUUGUCUUUUCGCGCUUUCAAUUAUAGUCAUCGAUUAUUUAAUCUGUAUAUUGAAUAUAUCUGUAGUGGAUGAUAUAAGUUCAUAUAUGUAAUGUACGUAUGUGUGUAUUGUAUAUUUUUGGGAAGUGGCGAUUAUGUACAUUUAUCAAAUCUUAAUGUUUUUCAUUACUAGUUAUAUACUCAUAUGUAUAAUUAGUUUAUCCUUCUGAUUGUACGCAAUAUGUAUAAAAUAAAUAGACCAUUACCGACUAAGGCAUUGAUGAAA